AAAAAAUUAAAAUAUAUUGAAAUAAAUUAAUUAAAAUUGAAUAAAAUAAAAUAGAAUUAAAAUUGUUUAAAAUUUAAUAAAAAAUAAAAUUAAUUAAAAAUAAAUUAAAAAUGGCAUCAAAAGCUAAAGAAUUUAAACAAAGUGCAGAAUUAAAAUCUGGAAAAAGUGAUGUUGCAAUUGCUGGACAAGAUGAAGAUUCUAAGGAGUUCAAGACGGAAAUUGUGUGGAGAAAUGUGAUAAUUUUUGCAUUAAUGCAUUAUUGGGCGUAUCAAGUUAGAGGUCAUGCUACAUGGGGAAUGAUCUUUUUUCACACAGCAAUUGGGAUUCUAACAGGCUACGGCAUUGUCGUUGGUGCACAUAGACUUUGGGCUCAUCGCAGUUUCAAAGCUAAUUAUAAGCUACAAGUGCUGCUCAUGAUUCUGCAGACAGCAGCUGUUGAAAAUGAUGUAAUUGAGUGGGUUCGUGAUCAUCGAGUUCAUCAUAAAUUUAGUGACACUAAUGCGGAUCCAACAAACUCUAAUCGUGGACUUUUCUUCUCACAUAUGGGCUGGUUGAUGUGUAAGAAGCAUCCAGAUGUGAGGAAGUAUGGAUCGAAGGUUGAUAUGAGUGAUAUUGAGUCAGAUCCAUUGCUGCAGUUCCAGAGGAAAUAUUACAUUCCACUGGUCCUCCUGAUCUCCUUCUUCAUCCCAAUGGCAGCAUCAAUGUACAUAUUUUCAGUCUCAAUGAAGCUUGCAUUCUACAGUGUUAUGGCUCGCUAUGUCAUAUCAUUGCAUGUUGUAUGGCUCACAAAUUCAGCUGCUCAUUAUGGAACAUGGAAGCCUUAUGAUAAAAAUAUUGCACCUGCUGAUUCGUGGUUCUUUGGGACGCUGUGCUAUGGAGAAGGGUGGCACAACUUCCAUCACACCUUCCCAUGGGACUACAAAGUGUCGGAAACAAAUCUUUAUCGACACAACUUUGGCAUGAUUUUUAUUGACUUUUUCGCAUGGCUUGGAUGGGCAACUGACUUAAAAGUAGCGUCAAAUGAUUUGAUAAGAAAGCGAGUGAUGAGAACUGGAGAUGGAACUCAUCCGUAUGCUGUUGAGGAAGCUUUGAAGAUGAAAAAGCUUGGAAUUGAGAAAGUUGAGAAUAACAAUAAUAAUAAUAAUAACAAUAAUGAGGAAGACAUAAAGACAUGCUGGGGAUUAGGUGAUAAAGACAUGCCAUUUGAAGACAUUCGUGGAAUUACAACUUAUUGCACAAAGAUUGAAUGAUUUUAUAACAUUUUGUACAUCACUCAGAGAUUUUUUGAAUUAUAAGGGGAUUUAGAUGAGGGUUUGUGAGGUCAUCAGGCUAGACUAGGAUUUUUUGGUCUUGGUCUUGAUCGAAUCCUUAUUAUUAGUAUCAAAAAACACCAAUAUUUCAUAAUUACCAUUAACAAAGCAGCUAUUUUGUAACAAAUAAAUAUUAUUAAGUAGCAAUAAAAAAC